GCCGAUUAAGAUCAGUAGUGAUCUGACGCGCACUAGUUGACGUGGCGGAGUGAUCGCGGAAGCGCUCGUCAGACUUUCCUUUUAGAGAAAGCGCGGAGCUCCAGAGGGGGUGAAGCGGGUGAGAGUGUGAGAGAAGCCGGCUGUUGGCGCUCGUGUUCGGCAUCACUUCUCAAACUUUCCCGCAGACUCUGAUUGUUUAUCCGCGGUGUAUGAGCGCCGGAGCCGGGCUCUCUCUCCCACUGACCGUCACACGGAUCGUUCUCUCCGGCUCGUAGGAUGCUGUCCAGUCAGACCGGAGCAGCUCUGAGCGGAACCGGCGCGGGGAAGAGCGCGGUGGUGCUCGGUGCGGGGCUCCGGCCGGGGCUGGUCCGCUCCGCUCCGGCAGGGAUGCUCGGGGGAAGCGCAGCCGCCAGAGGAGGCGUCCGGCCGGGGAGCAGCGGCGGGCUGGGGCCGCUGCAGGCUGGGGGAAUGUUGGCCGGUUUGGGGAUCGGGAUGCCCGGGAGGUUUGACCCUGAUAAAGAGGGUCCUCCGCACGGAUGCAGCGGCUCUGACGCGGACUCAGACUCGGGUGAUGAGGAAGAGCAGCCGGGCCCGCUGGGGGACACCCGGAGGAGCGGCGGAGUCAAGCGGGAGAGAGCAGAGAUGGAGGCGGCGCUGGGGGUGCAGGAGGCCGGCUUACCCGCCGCGGGGUUCGGGGUGCUCGCCGGAGGAGUGGCCGGAGCGAAACCGGGCAAGAAGACCCGGGGGAGAGUCAAGAUAAAGAUGGAGUUUAUAGACAACAAACUGCGGAGAUACACGACCUUCAGCAAGAGGAAAACCGGCAUCAUGAAGAAGGCGUACGAGCUGUCCACGCUGACGGGCACUCAGGUGCUGCUGCUGGUGGCCAGUGAGACGGGUCACGUGUACACCUUCGCCACCCGUAAGCUGCAGCCGAUGAUCACCAGCGAGACGGGCAAAGCUCUGAUCCAGACCUGCCUCAACUCUCCAGACUCGCCCCCGCGCUCCGACUGCAGCGACCAGCGCAUGAGCGCCAGCGGGUACGAGGAGACCGAGCUCACCUAUCAGGUGUCUGAGAGCGAGAGUCUGGGGGAGGGGAAGGACUCCCUGAAGCCAGUGUUCACUGUGUCCAGUCUGCCGGGCAGCACCAACACCAGCGCUCCGCCCACCUCCAGCAGCAGCACAUCAUACCCCAUCAGCAGCUACAGCAGCACCAACGGCAGCAUCCUGAAGAGCACAGCGCCCCCUGCUGGAGUCAUGCUGCCCAGCGCAUUCACAUUCAUGCCAGGCUCUCCAUUUGCUCCCGGGGCUCCUGCUCUCCCUCUGGCUCAGCUGCAGCCGCACACACUGGCACUCCAGAACUCUGCUCAGCCCAUCAGCGCCUCCUGCAGUCCGACGCCAGCGCAGCAGCAGCAGCAGCAGACUGUGUUCCGGCUGCCGGCCAGCGUCACACUCACCGGUGGAGCGAUGCCGCAGCAGCUCCAGACUCUGCAGGUUCAGUCCAGUUCUCAGUCCAGCUCCAGCAUCAGCAGCAGUGACAGCAGUUCUGAGAUCAGCCAGAGCAGCACUGCAGCCACGUCCACAGCAGCUACAGUGAGUCUCCCCGCCGCUGCCAUCGUCUCGUCCUCCAUGAUGUACCCGAAUACACACACUGUCAUGUACACCUCGAGCCCUGCGCUGGCGGACGGAGGACUGCUGCUCAACGCCUUCACACACACACAGGGCGGCAUGCAGGUGGCACACACACAGAGCACGGACACGGGUGCAGUUUCUCAGGUGUUUCUCACAGCUCCUCCUGGUACGGUUCAGAUCCCGAUGUCAGCAGUGCAGCUUCAUCCAGUACGGCAAGAUCAACACUUCACAAAUGGUGAUUGGUCAGCAGUCCAGCGGCAGCAGUAACAGUCUGACGGAGCUUCAGGUGGUCAAUCUGGACACACACAACGCCAAAACUGACUGAUUCACAGACACUGACAGAUAUUUAUUAUUAUUGCCUUUAUACUGUGUGUGUGUGUGUGUGUGUGUGUGUGUGUGUGUGUGUGUGUGUGUCCUUUAAGUGUGUGUUAUUCUACAGUUUCUACUGUACUGGACGAUCAGUCCCUUCACACCACAUCAGUGACGGCCAGCCAGACAUGUGUGUGUUGUGAGUGAGUGAGAAAGUGUGUGUGUGUGUGUGAUUAUAGGACAAGCUCUUUUUUAUGUGUGUAAAUGAAGGUAAAAGUUGUUUUGAUCGGCACAGUUUCACAUCUGAGAUACUUUUAUAUUAAUCUGAACUGUGUGUGUGUGUGUGUUUGAAUAAGAGAGAGUGUGUAUGUAUGCGGUCAGUUUGUGUACAUGAUCUGUUUGUUUGUGCAUGCGUGUUUGUAUUUAGUGUGUGUGUGUGUGUGUGUGUUUGGCUGGAGGAGUGUCUGCACAGAUGUGGUCUUUGUUCAGAUAAUCCAGGACGUGUACAUACUCAGUUUUGUAAUAUCUGAGAGAGUUUUGCCGGUGUGUGUGUGUGAGGAUGAUGAUGGUGUGUAGUUGUUUUUAUAGAUAUUUUGUAUACCUGUACAUGUUUUGCUUAUGAAAUCAGAUAAUUGACUCACCAUGUAAAUUAAUGUCAUAUAAAUAUAUUAUAUUGAUUUAUACGUCGCGUUUCUCUCUUGAGGAACAUGAUUGUGCCAAACAGAGACAGAGAGGUGUGUGUGUGUGUGUGUGGAGACUGAUGGUUUAUUAGUCUACAGUGUUUCUGAAAGAUCUGCUGACUCUUCUCCACUCCUCAAUGCUGUACACGGCCUUAACAUGCUCAAUCUCCCACAUCUAUACUAAGACUGUGCUCAUUUAUAAUAAAUACUGUAGUGUGUUUGAACCAUAUUCACCUUAUUCUCUGUGUGUGAGCAGGCGCUGCCAUUAAAAUCUUUUUGGCUCGAGAUUCUGGUCUUCCAUUCGAGAUGUUAAAAACAACUCUUUACGCUGCCUGAUGUUGCAAACGGAUCUUUUCUCAUCAUAUUAUUCCACUUUGUAUGUAUAGUCUUGUACACUUGUAUGUAGAGUGAGUAUUUUGACUGUUUUCUGCCGUUUAUGAUUUCUAGUCAGUUCACCCAUAAGCGACGGAAGUUCUAAAACAUUGCAAAAGCCAGCGCACUUCAGCAUUGAAGAAUAAGGUCAAUAGUAAAGGCCUUGAUUCAGUUGUGGUGAUUGAUUCUACAGUUGCUAUGGUAACACAACAACUAUGGUCAUUAAUAUGUUGUGGUGAUUCUAUAGUUGCUAGGGUAACAACAUUAUUUUGUUGUGAUUCUGCAGUUGCUAUGGUAACAACUAUAGAAAUGUAUCUGUUAUGGUGAAUCUAUAGUUGCUGUGGUAACACAACAACAGUAGCAAUUGAUCUGUUGUGGUGAUUUUGUAGUUUCUGUGGUAACACAACUAUAGUAACUAAACUGUUAUGGUGAUUCUACAGUUGCUAUGGUAACACAACAACCAUAGAAAUGUAUCUGUUGUGGUGAUUCCAAUGUUGCUAUGGUAACACAACAACUAUAGAAAUUAAUCUGUUAUGAUGAUUCUACAGUUGCUAUGGUAACAAAACUAUAGAAAUGUAUCUGUUGUUGUGAUUCUACAGUUGCUAUGGUAAGACAACUAUAGAAAUUAUCUGUUAUGGUGAAUCUAUAGUUGCUAUGGUAACAAUAACUUAAUCUGUUGGUGAUGAUUCUGUAGUCGCUAUGGUGACAGCAACUAUAGUAAAUCAUCUGUUGUGGUGAUUCUAUAGUUGCUAUGGUAACAAUAACUUAAUCUGUUGGUGAUGAUUCUGUAGUCGCUAUGGUCACAGCUACAGUAAUUCAUCUGUUGUGGCAAUUCUAUUGUUGCUAUGGUAACAAUAACUUAAUCUGUUGGUGAUGAUUCCAUCGUUGCUAUGGUCACAGCUACAGUAAGUCAUCUGUUGUGGUGAUUCCAUGGUUGCUAGGUUACAACAAUAGUAAUUAAUCUGUUGUGGUGAUUCUAUAGUUGCUAUAGAAACUACACCUAUAUUAAUCUGUUGUGCUGAUUCUGUAGUUGCCAUGGAUUCUAUAGUUUCUAUGGUAACACAACAACUACAUAAACGGUUUUCUCCAACUAUAGGGUAUAUUAUACAUUAAUACACCAUAGUUUACUGUAGUAACAACUAAAGAAUGCUACAGUAUUUAUUAAGGGUUAUCAGUUAAUUAUAGGUAUGAGUACAGUAUGCUGGAGCAUUUGUUAACAAAGAUAAGAAAUGCUAUAGUAUAGACAGUAUAAUAGACUUUACUAUAGUAUGGUCUAAAAUAACUACAGUAUUUAUUAUAAAGCACUAUAGUAUUGUUCAUGUGGGUGACAGCAGCUCCAAGUGCUCUUGAGCGUCACAUUCUGAAUGUCUUGAUUCUAGAGAUCAGACUGAAGCUCUUCAUUUGCAGAUGAUUUCUCUCAGUUGAAACUUGACUUUUGUCCACAUUUUAGCACAUAAUGCUGACUGAAGAUGGAUAUUAAUCAUCUAUGAUUAUUAAUCUUCAUCUGCUCCAGUUCCUCAUCCGGGCUGUUAGUUUGUUCUGGAGAGGCUGAGAGAAUCACUGGUUCUGAUGUACUGUGUGUGAUUUAUGUUUUCCGACACAGCAAAUGUACAGACCUUUUUGUAAUAAAAAAAUGGAUCAUGUCA